UGCGCGCGCAGACACGCGUGCAGGGUAUUGUGGGAGAAGCUCGAUGGGUCUCCAGUCCGCCAUGAUGAAAGCAACUAUUCCCUGCAAAUAUGAUCAAAAUAUAUGGAUUACCGCAAGACAUAUUCAAAACUGGAGUACUGAUUUCACUGCUUAAAUAUAAUUCAUGCUGCUGGAUUCUACCAUUUACUGUCUAUUUUCACUGCUAUCGUUCAGCUACCUUGAUGUGGUAGCGAAGCUAGUUUUUGGACCAUCUCAUUAGCAUAUUUGGGGUCAUCACGAUGAGUAAGGUGUCGUUCAGAGCUAGGGCUCUGGAUUCCUCCAAGCCAAUGCCCGUUUUUCGGGCAGAAGAAAUUCCGGACUUACCGGAUUUUGCAACCAUUAAUAGAUCGGUACCACAAAUGCCCACGGGGAUGGAAAAGGAAGAAGAGUCGGAGCAUCAUUUGCAACGAGCUCUUUCUGCCCAACAAGUCUACGGGACUGCAGAAGCGUUGGUCAUCCCUAUUCCAGAAGUGGUACAAGUAUCAGAAAAAUAUGAAACCUAUUACAAAGAGGACUUCAAAACAACCAAACAGUAUAUUCAUGUUCAAGGUAAGCAGCAAAGAAAUAGAUUAAAAAAAAAAAAAAAAAAAAAAUAUAUAUAUGUUGUUACACUUCAAGAGGCAAAACUAUUACUGAAAGAAGAUGAUGACUUGAUUAUUGCUGUAUAUGAUUACUGGUUAAACAAACGAUUACGAACUCAACAUCCAUUAAUACUUCAAGUGAAAACUGAGAAAAGAGAUGGAUCAACAACCAAUAAUCCAUAUGUAGCUUUUAGACGAAGAACUGAAAAGAUGCAAACCCGAAAAAAUCGAAAAAACGAUGAAGCAUCUUAUGAAAAAAUGUUGAAGUUAAGACGUGAUCUUUACAGGGCUGUGACAUUACUUGAAAUGAUUAAAAGGAGAGAGAAAACGAAAAAAGAAAUGUUACAAUUAACUAUUGAAAUUCUUGAGAAACGAUAUCAAAUGGAGGACUUCAGUGGUCAGCUUUUAACUGAGGCAGAAGCUCAGAAGUAUUCCAGGCCAUCUUACAUUUCUCCAUAUGGUGUUGCUAGGCAAGGAGAAUGGGCAGAUGGUAUCAAUGGGGAUGAAGGAUUACAAAGUAAUAAGAAACGUAUUUAUCGGAAACGAAAACACCGUCAAAUUGCUCAGCAACAAGGAGCCAGUCUCAGCAGUAACCAAACUCCUCAUUUCAAUGAUGUUGAUGUUUUACAACCUGAUAUUUAUAGUUCAGAGGAGGAAGGUCUUUCACCUAGUAUGUCACCAUCAGAUCAUGAAGAUGAAAAUGAUCCUGAUGGACAAUUCGCAUUUAGGAGAAAGAAGCAUUGUAAUUACUAUGCUCCUCGGGUAGACAGAUUAGGCAAUUGGCCUUGGUGUAGUUCUGAAGAAGGUGGUUCAACAGACAAAAAAUUUAGAUUUUCACUUAUGUCUUUUUAUCCUCCACACAAAUGCAUAGGUUAUGCAAGGAGGCGAGUAGGACGUGGUGGAAGAAUACUUGUAGAUAGAGGGUUUUCUCCCCAAAAUGCAAUCCUUGAACAGCUGGAUCUGUCAAGCUCAAACACUGCCACGGGUAUCCAUCAUGAUUAUAUUACAUACAUCAGGGAAAGAAAAAUUCCACAUUACACACCAAGAAAACAUAUAAAAGAGGAGGAAAUUCAAAGUCCUUGCAGCAGUGGUCAGUCAUUUAAAGAGACGACAACAACAGCAACAGGAACAACAGUAACAACAGCAACAGCCACCACCACCACCACCACCACCACCACCACUACGACGACGACGACGACUAACAAUGCAUCUACCACAGAGUUUAACUUUGAAAGCUUUCAGAACCACAGAGAACAAAUAUUGUUAAUGCAACAGAAACAGCGCCAACGUUUGGAAUCCUGUGAAACUGAUACCAUUCAGACACUUGAACAACAUUCCACAUCAUCAUCAAACCAUUCUUCAUCUCAUCUCACCUUGGACUCUGCAAGUGCAAAGUUUGCUGUGUCAGCUGUGAGAGACACUGCACAGCUGCAGAACUCAUCUGGUGCUAAUUCGCAUUCAUCCUCAUCGUCGUCGUCAUUAUCUAAUGGUCCCAUCAGAGAAUGUAUUCGAGAGAACCAGUCCAAUAGAGGCCAGGCUGCAACUGUCCUACAACUCAACCUCAGUCAGUCAUCUCCCAGUAGUGACUCUCAUCUUCCAUCAGGAAUUGUUUCAUCUUCACUAGUAGCAGGUUUAAAUAACGUGACCUCCAAUAAAAUAAUCACUGCAUCAAAGUCUGCUUUACCAGUCCUCAAGCUUACGGCAAAGAAUCCCUCUGCUCUUGAAUCCUUUAAAAAACAGACCUAUGAAGAUGGAAGUCUUCUGAGUAAUUUCAGUAAAGACAGAAUUGUACCAAUGGAUGUUACUUGAUCUGCCAUAUUUGGUUAGUUUGACGGACUAAAAAAAAAAUACUGGAAAGAAAGAAAGAAAAAAAAAGCCCUUGAAGACAUUUCAACUCUUGUUCUUCUACCCCCUAUCCUCUAGAAUGCUCCAUCUUCCUGCCAGUGAUUGAACCACAAACUGUAGCUGCUGUUGCCUGGUCUGGCUGUCUUUCUGUGUACAGUGCAUUGUUUUGUGUAGGUUAUCUAACUGCUACUACUACUACUACUACUACUAUUACUAUUAAUAUUACUACUACUAUUACUACUACUACUACUACUACUCUACAGCAAUUCCUACUAUUGUCUGCACCUCUUCACUGUCAACUGGUGGCUGCUAUUACUGUACAGUGUGAAGUAGGUACCAACACUCACACACACACAUAUGGACAUGUUUUGGACUAGGGGUCUUGGUGGGGCUGGCAGUAGAAUCAUAAUGUGACAGCAGCAAGGUCUGUGGCCGGUGUUUUUUUUUUCUUUUUGUAUUGUAUUUUUUUAUUUAUUUUUUUUUUUUAAUUUUCAGUGAAAAGAAAAGGAAAAAACACAAAAUUUAGAUCAGAAAAAAAAAAUAAACAACAAAAUAACUGGAUAGACAGACAUCUCUACCUGCAGCAAAACAGAAGGAAGUAUUAAAGGAUUGUUUUUGUUUGGUUUUGUUUGUUUUUUUUUUUGUUUUUCGUUGGUCUUUUUUUCUUCGCUUUGAAAGAAAUGGUAAAACAACAAAAACAAAAAAAAAAAGAGUUACAGACAACUCAAACAAAAAAAAAAAAAAACGAAACCUGUCAGCAGAAAGCAACGACCACAAUGUGAUUUGCUACAUGUUUUCUCCCAUGGAGAAAGAUUAUCAUAAUAAUAAUAAUAAUAAUAAUAAUGAUAAUAACAUUAAUAAUAAUAUAAUAAUUAUGAAAGGUAGAGCGAGAGAGAGAGAGAGAGUGAGAGAGAGAAAGAAAGAAGAGCAUAAGCAAAGAAAAUAAGUGGCAAGAGACAGGGUAGUGAAUGGGUGGGGAGGGUGAAGCAUUAAAGGAGCCAGUUGAAAUGGUAUUUCUUGAACGUGCAUACACAAACCCACAUACACACACACACAUGUGCGCAUGCAUACACACAUGCACUGCCUGUCUGGGACUUUGGAUGCACCAACUUUGGUUGCCAAUGAAAUACAUUUCAGGAAUUUUUCUUGUGGCAGCAAGCAGUAAUGAUGACUUUUAGGGGGUUGCUCUUGUUCCUACUACUACUACUACAACUACUACUACUAGUAAAGCAUUUCUAAAAUUCAUAUCACGAGUAAUAUAUAAAAAAAAAGUAGUUUUAUAUAGUAUCAAACAGCAAAAACGAAAUGAUUGAAACAGGAUUUUGUUUUAUAUAUACACACACAUACAUACAUACAUAUACACACAUGCAUAUACUAUACACAUGUAUGUGUGUGUAUGUAUAUCUAUAAUUAUUACCCCCCUCUGUUUCUCUUGUCCCCUUUUAGUAAUUACAUGAUUAGUUUGGCUUUAUUAAUCUGUCAGAAUUAAAAGUAUGAAAGUUUGUUCUUUUUUUUUUUAUGUUUUUAGAUAUUGUUUUGAGUUUACUACCAUACACCUUUGUUCUGAAAGCUUUUGGUCAAAGAAACAGGGAACCAAAUUUUUAUUUAAUUGGUUUAUUCUAACAAAAUAAUACCCCCCACCCCCACCAUUGUUAUUUUGGGAUGCAGGUGUUUUUUUUUUAUUUUAAAUGUUUUUUAGUUCCUUAGCUCAUGUCUUACAUUUACCAAAUGCCUCUUUACAUGGUUUGUUUGUCUCUGUCCCUGUCUCCAUAUUUGAUUCCCUCAUUUGUUUCUCACUCCCAUGAACUUCUCUUACAAACAAUUUUUCCCUCCCUCAUUAAAAACAUGGUUCUUUUUGCAAAAGAUGAAAAAAAAACCCCAAGCUGUAAGCUGUACUUUCUGGUUACAGAUAAAUAUCUCUUUAUAUGUGGUGAUGUGUUUUGUUGUUAGUUUUAUCAUUGGUACUAGUGUCCUGUGGGGGUACUAUUACUCAUCAAAUACUUGAUAUUGACUUGUAAAUCCACUCAGUAGGCUUUCUGGACAUGACCAUUUCAUCAUAUAAUGGGCUAUUGUGUGUUAUUAUUUGGUGGGGGAUUUAAACAGCAUUGUUAUUCUUGUCAUUAGUGGUGAUGGAAAAUUGUGUUGAAGGUGGUUGUCAUUGACUACAAGCAAACUGUUUGGCUUCAGAAUAAUCAGCUAUAUGCCAGGUAGUAAAUGAUGGAUUUGACACCUUUUAGAAUUAAUAAAACUUUACUGUCACAAACUUCCUAGGUCCUUAGGGUUGAUUGUUCUUGGAAUCUAUACUCUUGUUGUUGUUGUUGAUUGUGAUGGUGAUGAUAUUGUUGUCACUGUUGGUGGGCAGCAGUUGUAUGCAUUAGUGCUUGCUUAUUUAUAAUAGUUUUGUUAUGUCAGUGUACAUAUUUCAUAUACAGCAUAUAUGUGUGUAUGCACGUGAGUGUGUAUGUACACAUAUACACAUACAUGAUGCAUAACGGAUAUACAUUGUCUCAUGGCUUAUCUCAUUCCUAUGCAUAAUCACUGAUCACAUUAAUUCCCUUUAUUUCUUAUGAUAGCACCUGUGUGUGUCUGUAUAACUUAUGCUGGCUUGGAGAAAUGGAUGUAAAAACACUCACACACACACAUGCACGUAUACAAGAAUUCAUAUAUUUUCUCUGUAUUUCUGCAUCCCUUUGCAUAAAACCUUAAUUUUUUUUUCAUAUCCUUUUAUAAUCAAAUGUGAAAAUGUGAUUAUUUGCCAGAGAUUUUUUUUGCAUUUUAGCUUGACAACUCAAAUAUGUCAGCUAUACUGAAAUGUCCUAACAUGAGGAAUAAAAAUGCAAUUAGAAGAGAGAUAUAAACCCCAAAAAUAAACUAAAUAUAAAACUUUUAGCAAUAUAUUCUACAACUACACAUUCAUUAAAAGUAGCUCAGAAGUUAACUUUGGGUUCAAUCCCACUUUGUGGCACCUUGGGCUAUUGUCUUCUAUUAAUAAACUCAGGUUGAGCACUGCUUUGUAAGUGAAAUUUGGUAGAUGGAAACUGUAGGAGAGCUUGUUGUUUGUCUGUGUAAUCUGUCAGUGUCUGUGUUUAGCUGUUUCACAAAUAGAUAUUCAUAAAAUAAGUUCUACUGGGGUUGGUAUGACUAAGUGAACCCCUGCAGAAAAAAAAAUGUGGUACCUUGUUCUGGUCACAUUGCAAUGAUUGAAGCCAGUUAAAGAAUUAAAAAGCAGUUGUCCAGAAUUUUUUUCUUUCUUUUUCAAAAUUCCUCAUCUCUGCUAAUUUCUUCUGUAACAUAUUCUCAGAUUUCCUAAUGUCUCCUCCAUUCUUCUCUCUGCUACAUUCCUUGUUCUUUUUCUCCCCAACUCCAUUUUAAAUUCGAAACUUUCCUGCACUAUAUACACAGCCCCUUCUAUUUUCAUUUCUGUCUUUAUGAGAGAGAACUCAUAGUUUGUAUUUACUUGUUGUCAAAAUCAAUUUGAAUUAAAUACAUUCUUUUUCAUUUACCUAUUAACCUCUAAUUCUCCUUAUGAAUACCUAGUUGAGAAUUGUGGCAGAUAAGGCCCUGGCUUGGGAGCAGGCUCAUGACUUGUGCUUGUGUUUGUUUCAGUUGGGAUCUUUUGUUGUCCAAUCUUCAAUAGAGAGCAGGUGGGACUAAGACUCAGAAAGUUAAGAUUGUACUUUCCUUCCCUCUCAUAUACUACUAUAUAUAUUACAGUUCAAAACAAAAAUGCAGUCAUGUAACUCUUUCUAUGUAAAAUAAGACUUUGUAGAUUAUUACCAUGAACAUUGCUGAGGCUUAUUUUGAGUGUUUUUAUUCAUUUUUCAGCUUUGAAAAUGCCAAAACCUGUUCUUGGCUUUUAAUUUGUCCAUUUUCUCAAACUUUAUUGUUUAAAAAAAAACCUUGCACCUGGUUCUUAACAUAUGUGCAGCAUUUAGUAAACAUUUCUCAUAACUUGUAUCUGUUGAGUUUUGUUGGUUUUCUAAUUUAUACAUUUUGGCUUUAGAGCAUCAUUGCUUUAUCAACUGCAGCCAUUCUUCCUUACCCGUUUAUAUAACUUUGUAACACUCUUUAAUGGCACUUGUUAGCUUGCAGGAAAAUCAGUUGUCAGUUGUUUUAAUUUAUUUCCUACAACAGUUUUUCUUUAUUUUAUCACUAUGAUUAUUAUUAUCAUUAUUGCUGGCAGAAUCGUUAGCACACCAGAUGAAAUGUUUAGUGGCAUUACAUUUGUCUUUACGUUCUGAAUUCAAAUUCUGCCGAGGUCGACUUUGUCUGUCAUCUUCUUGGAGGUUGAUAAAAUAAGUACCAAUUGAGUACUGGGGGAAGGGUCUAUAUAAUUGACUUACCCCUCCUCUCAAGAUCCCUGGCUUUGUACCAAAAUUAGAAAGAAUUGUUAAGAACCCUAGUGAUCUAGUCAGUUUUCAGCAAUUACAUUUGCAACUGUUUCAUUUAAUACAAGUGCUGCUAUUUGUAAAGGCAUGAUUAUCAUACUUCCCUUUUUUUCUCUGUUAUAUUAAUUGUAAUAAUUAUGAUUUUGCUCAGAGGAAAAAAUAUAAUUCUAUAUUCUUGUUUUAAUAAUAGGAAAUUUUAUACUUAGAAACAGAAUUAAAAAAGAAACAAAAACAACUUCUUCACUUAUAAAGAUGGAUUUCUUUCUUUGUAUUUGCACCUAUUACUUUUCAGUCAGGUUUUAUCUUUGAUCACGACCAGGUGUCUUAUUUCUGGAGCAGACUGAAGGUGCAUCUUGAAGAAUAGAGACACUGGAUUGUGUUUGGGGAUGAAACCAAUUGAAAUGAUGAGGGUACAAAUAUAAUAAAAAAACAUAGAGGUGAAGUUAUUAGUUGAAAAAAUAAAAACUUAAAAUAUAUUCUCUCUCUCUCUCUCUCUCUC